AUGAAGAUUCCUACCAAAAUUUUGUUCCUUUUUGUGGGUUUGGUUAAGGUAGAGCGAUUGGUAGAGCGCAGCCCAGGAUCUUCAGUUGGAGAUUGUGAAGAAGGUUUAGCUUUGAGCUUGGCAGUUCCCUCGACGUCUCCACCUGCUCACGUAUCUCCCACUGGGAUGAUGAAAGAUUCUGCAACACCUCCUCCAUCACCCUCACUAAGCGGUGGACUUGCUGCGCUAGGGAGCCCCAACAUGUCUCAUGGCGUGGAUGCGAUUGGGCUUCAGGUGGAUUACUGGGUGUCUGCCGGGCUUGAGAGACGCAAAGACGGAGAGCAGAGAGACAGUAAGAAGACUUUGAGGUGUGCGUUCAGAUCCUUGCAGGUUAGCCGACUGCCCGGUUUCGGCAACAUUGAGCUCCAGACUGGCUCUAACACCAUGUCCAUGACUGUGGUGACCAAGGAGAAGAACAAGAAAGUGCUACUAUUGUUGAUAGUCACCAUAUUUAUCCAUAUCCACACAUAACUAUAUUUACUAAUUUCGCCUCUCUUCAGUUCCAACCAUCUU